CCAGCGCUUGGGCCGGUUCCUGUGUGUAUGUGUUUUCUCUCCGGUAUGGCGGAUGACGGCGGUUUACUGUAGAAUCCGCCGUCCCAUAUCUCUGUUUACUUGGCUCGGGCUUUCAUUUGAAGCGAUUUGGAAGGGAGGAGGACUUCCGUGAAAGCCUGUAGACUAACGCGGAUUUGGUACUGGGGUGAAAACUGGUAAGUCAACCAGCAAGAGGGACGCUGCUACUGCUGCGACGGAGACUUGACUCCGAACCGACUCUGAGUUGACUCCGAGUCGAUUAGUACAGGUUGCUAAGCGCGGCUUGCUAACGGCAGGGGCUGCGCGCAUAUUCGGAUUCCACCCGUGUGUCUGGAAGGAGAAAGAAAGUUGGCUCGUAGUUUGACGGCGUGAAGAAGCGGACUGGGUAGCGUUACAGUUCGGAGAGUCGUCGAAGAGUCUGGUUAUAGCUUAUUAUAUUUAAAACAAAUUCAUUAUUUAUUUGACUACCUCGCCGUAGUGCGCUCGCGCACUUAGCUAGCUAACUCCCUACCAUGCCGACCGAGCGCUCCGUUCUCUACGUGUGGCCUGGUUAAAACGUCAAAAACCCACUGGCUUCACGUACCAGAGACCGCUUUGUGCUUUACACGUCGAAAGAGCAAAGGCUAAGGUCCAUGUUGUGCGGUAAGCUGGUCCCCUCAUUUGGCAUUAAGGUGUAUUUACGAGCCGUUUCCCCUUUGAAAACAUUGCGAACCGAUUCCUGAACCGACUCAACAGGUUACCCGUAGGGCUGUCAGCUUGUCUUUCGGGUGGAUACAUGCAUUCCCCAGGUGAAACCCAGCUCCCAGUUGUGUUUUAGAUGACUUGAAGACAGAUGCCAAGUUUGGAGGUGCAGUCCCUGGAUUGUAUUUGACACCAUGGUGGAUUUGGAAGUCCUGAUCGCAGGAACAAGACGAAGGAGGAUUGUAGAGGACAUGAUGUAGCCCUAUUUAUUUGAAAAGUGGCAGUGUUUAUUUUGUUUUUUUUUUCUUCCCCCCUACACAGAUAAUUUUUUAUAUAGUUAUAGGAUGCACAUUGAUCUGGGAUCCAUGAGUGAAACGUGUUCGUUGGCUCUUGUGUUCAUAAAAUAAUAAUAAUAAUUUAAAAAAUUGUCGGGUAAACCAGAAGGUGUGUCACUCUGGAGCAAGAAGCCCUGCCUUUCUCCUCUGGUUGGAGUAAUACACUCAAGCCGUCAUCAAUGCCUUCGGCGCUGGCCGUGUUCACCUGCCGCCCGAACUCGCACCCGUUUCAGGAGCGUCACGUCUACCUGGACGAGCCGGUGAAGAUCGGGCGUUCGGUCGCACGCUGCCGUCCGGCUCAGAACAACGCCACCUUCGACUGCAAGGUGCUCUCCAGGAACCAUGCCCUCGUCUGGUUCGACCACAAGACCGGCAAGUUUUAUCUCCAGGACACCAAGAGCAGCAAUGGCACCUUCAUCAACAGUCAGCGGCUGAGCCGGGGCUCCGAGGAGAGUCCCCCGUGCGAGGUGCUCUCGGGGGACAUCAUCCAGUUCGGAGUGGAUGUGACCGAGAACACGCGCAAAGUCACUCAUGGCUGCAUAGUGUCGUCCAUCAAACUCUUCCUUCCAGAUGGCAUGGAAGCUCGACGCCGAUCAGAUGUCAUUCAAGCACCACUACCACUACCAGUUGAUAAGGUUGCUGCGAACACGCCCAGUAUGUACUCUCAGGAACUGUUUCAGCUCUCCCAGUAUCUGCAGGAGGCCUUACACCGGGAGCAGAUGCUGGAGCAGAAGUUAGCCACGCUGCAGAGGCUCCUGGCCAGCACACAGGAGGCUUCAGAGAGCAGCUGGCAGGCUUUAAUCGAUGAAGACCGGUUACUCUCAAGAUUGGAGGUGAUGGGAAACCAGUUACAGGCGUAUUCAAAAAACCAAACGGAGGACGGCAUCCGAAAGGAGCUUAUAGCCUUAACCGAGGACAAACACAACUAUGAAACUACAGCCAAAGAGUCCCUGAGGCGGGUUCUUCAGGAGAAAAUCGAGGUGGGGAGGAAGCUGUCCGAAGUGGAGCGGACCCUCAGUAACACAGAAGAUGAAUGUACGCACCUGAAGGAGAUGAACGAGCGAACUCAGGAUGAGCUAAGAGAACUAGCCAACAAGUACAACGGAGCUGUGAACGAGAUUAAAGAUCUCACUGACAAGAUCAAGCUUGCUGAAGGCAAGCAGGAAGAGCUCACACAAAAAGGCCAGAAUGAAAAGAAGGAGCUGCAGCUGAGAAUCGAGGAGAUGGAAGAGAAAGAGCAGGCACUUCAAGCUCGCAUCGAGGCACUACAAGCAGACAACGACUUCACCAACGAGAGGCUCGCGGCCCUUCAAGUCCGGUUAGAGCAACUACAGGAGAAAAGCAUACAGGAAAACAACAGUUUAGACCACUUUCUUUUAAAGAGUGGAGGGGACUGCACUUUAAUCCAACAGUUCAUUGAGUGCCAGCCCGUGAAGCAGCUGAAAGGAGCCGUGGAUUCCUCCAUCCGCAAGCUCUCCAACUUUGACGAGGUCAUAGAUGCCCAUCUUCAGAACAACCAAACCACAGAUGAUGACAGUUUCACCAGUCCAGAGAAACUAAAAGAAAAUCAGAUCGACGCUAAAGAGUCCGAUAUGUCAGACACUCUGAGCCCCAGCAAGGACAGGAGCAGUGACGAUACUUCAGACGGACAAAUGGACGAACAGGAGCUGAAUGAGCCCCAAAACAGGGUUGCCCUGAUUAAAGAUGAGCUGCAGAGGGCCAAUCUGGAGGCUGGAGACACAGAGCAGGUCAUCCACAAGCUGCAUACCGAGCUGCUGGAGGCACAGGAGCUCGCCAACACUGGCAAGCAGAAAUGUCUUGAACUACAAGCUCUGCUGGAAGAGGAACGGAGAACCAACCGGCAGCAGACUGAGGAAUCAUCUAAACAAAUCCAGUACCUGCAGAGUCAGCUCGCCAAGUUGCAGUCCGACAUGGAGGCCUUGCGCGAGCAGAGAGAGAACACCAUCUCCAACACGCGGGAGGAACUCUACAGCGCCCAGGAGGAGGUGCUCGUGCUCCGCCACGCCAUGGAAGCGGCCACGGCGGAGAGAGAGCGCGACAUCGCCGCCCUGCAGGGAGAACUCACCGCUGUCACAGCCGAACUGGACAGGUGGAGAAAAGCGGCAUCCAACUACGAGCUGGAGAUCAGCACCCUGCAGGAGAACUUUAAGCUGCAGAGCCAGCACCAGGAGCGAGCUUUGCAUCUUCAAGAUGAGCUGGAGAAGUUGCAGGUCGAGUGCUCGACCCUGCAUAAAGAAUGCGAGUCUCUUCGCUCGGAGAAAGUAACCCUGCUGGAGAAACUGCACAGGUUGGAGGUGGAGCUCAGCAGCUCCAGAGAACAGAGCGCCACUCUGAGCAGCAACCUGAACGCUCUGGAGAGAAGCCAGGGUGACCUGGAGAACAAACUGGGUUCCAUACAGAACCAGCACCAGCAGGACGCCAGCAGACUGAAGGUGGAGCUCGCCCAGGCUGAGAACCGCACCAAGAACCUGCAGAAAGAGUAUGAGGACACUCAGAACCAGCUGUCUGACCUGCGGCAGAGGUAUGAGCAGACCGAGCAGGAGAAACGCUCCAUUAAUGACGAGCUGGAGCAGUGCAAGGUCAAUCUGAAGCUGCUGCAGGAGCAGGGCAAGAAUCCAUCCAUAAUGCAGCCUGUCCAAGCCAUUUUCAUCGGCCUUAUCCUGGCUUUGCUGUAUUGGUGCUUCGGCCAAAUGUGGUAGAAAGAGCGGUUGGAUGCCCUGGAUGCCGGUGGUCGCCGUGGUGGCCGUCGUGACUGCGUUGGUGCUGUACCCCAGCCUAUCCAAGAGCUCCUCUUGAGGCAGAUAACCAAUCACAACACAGCAUGGCUCACUCUGUCAAACCCAACGUCCUGUUUUUAAUUCUGAGGUCAGGCCCGUUCCAGACUCGUUUACCUUCAAAUGUGAGAACGCAGCUCCAGGGUGUCCAGCGUGAGUGUGUAAAGAGCAAAUGUAGAUAUUAUAGAAACAAGAAAAGGGGGUAUAAAUGGUCUAACCUCUGUUAUAGAUUAAAUAAAUAUAUCUGCUUUUUUUUUCUUUUCUUUUUCAGUUAAAUGGGAAUCUUGAUCAUUAAAGUGGCCUAAACUAGGCUUUUUUUUCCCUUUCUAAUGGGUACCAAAUGUUUUCGGUUCUGUCUUUUUAUUUUUAUUUUUUAUUUGGUGUGGUUUGCCAUGUUAGAUGUUAAUGUGGUAUUCCGAAUAGAUGCAAAGCCAAAUUGAAAUCUUAAAAGAUCAGGCACAAAGAGGUUAAAGUGCCUGAUUUAACUACUACUAGAUACGUGUAAACACUUACUCACAAACACACACACCUUUCUGUCCUCAGUGAAGUGCCACUCAUGCUCCACUAAUGCAGUGUUUGAUUUAAAACGUCUGGAACUCGUUCAGUCCCGUGUGCUGUGAUGAUUAUUCCUUUUUGGGUUUUUUUUGUGCGUUUUCCGACCGAGCCGUUACACCGAUAAGCAGCACAGUAAGGUCGUUGUAGUCUAGUGUAGAUUUCUUUGCAUCGUGUACUUUAAAAGGAAAUAUUCUUGCGAGAGACACUACAGGACUUUUUCCAAUUCAAAUCGCUUGAUGUGAAGAGACUCGGCGUCAGUGUGUGAAGCACUGAUUUGGGUUUAUUGUAGCUUUUAAGGAACACACUGUCCUGCCAUUGGGAUUUUGAUGGGACUCGUUUUCUCUCUCUUUCUCUUCCCUCUCUCUUUCUUUUGAAGAUUCAGGCUUGUUGAUCAACAUAUACAGACUGUUUUUCAGUACCUCCUGAACAAGGCUCUGUGAUCUCGCUGCCUUAUCUGUAUCAUGGAGAUCAUCUUUUAGAAAGAAUUGUGGUCUUUAAAAAAACAAACAAAAAAAAAAACUGCGAAAUUGUGGGUUUUUUGUAUUGUUUAAAUGUCUAACUGAAGCACAGUAAAGUGGAUUUGUUUAUGGUGUAGUAAAUGGGAUUGGGAUAAAAAUGGUCAGGCUCGGAGUCGGAAUUGAGCGGCGUAUGCGCUGGAGAGGGAAAAUACCCAACGAUAUCUACGGUGUUGGUUCACAUUUUGUCUGCUGCACUGUAAAUAAACUCUCGGCCAUAAAGCAAACGGCCUUCCACCUCGUCAAUAAAUGUCCUUUUAUUUUAUUAUUGCAAAACAACUAUGGGAAUUAAAAAAAGAAUAAUAAAAUAAAAAAAGAAAAUAAAUGCAAAGCAUGGUGUAGCACAGAGAGGUUCACUCUGCAAAGGUUCCCCAAAGCAUCAAAAGUCAUCUCUGAGCACUUUGUCUUUGAGAACUUUUUUUUUAUUUUUGUUUUAUUAUUAUUUUUUUUCUUUCAGCAUUUCAAAGCUCUUCCUUCACACAUCUAAGGCACGAUAAGAACAUCUGACCUUGGCAUUGUUUGUAAAUAUGUAUGUACGAAUGUAUGUGUGUAAAUGUAUAUAAUAUUCACGAAAUAAAGUUGACUAUCAGUGGCACUGA